GAUUUAUUUAAACCUGAAGUCGUCGCUGUUAUUUGAGGAGAGAACGUUUAUUUUUUGGGGUUGAUUUGGGGCUCAGACGACGCCUCGGGUCCGUCGCCUCAUGACUCGACUCGCCGAACAUCACACACCUCAGGUCUAUGUCACGUCCGUCAGUCCAGGACCAGGUCUGGACUAAAUGUCGUGUAACUGUGACCCACCUGGACGUCGAUCUGCGGUGAAACGUUUGACCCGUGGACUCGGUGACUUAUGGGGACCUCUCACACAGAAUCAGGAAAAUCACGUUAUUCAUGAAAAAAACUUAAAAUGGUGUUUUUAGGAUGAUUUUUGUUGGUCGAAUCUUGUCCAGCUCAAGACAUUUUUCCAAAGUCUUCUGGUCGUUCAGUGUCGACGUUCCCGGGACCAACGGAUGACGCUGAUUUGAAAAAACAAAACAAAAAAACUAUAUCAACAUUGUUACGAUGAAACAUUUAUUACUGAUUAUUUAUUUGAGUUCAUGAUAUUUUGUUUGUGUUUAAUUCACUCGUUUAGGUUUUUAUGUUUGUUAAUUUAGUUGGAAAUGUGAUUUGUGGAAAAUGACAGACGACUCAAACAAAAAUGAUUCUCCGUAUCUGUGAGUUCGACCAUAAAAACAUUUAAAGUGCAGUAGUGCGGUUCAGUCAGUCGAGUGUUUGUCUCUGAUGUGAAGGUUGGUGGUUUGAAUCCCUCUUGACAUAAAACAUCAUUAGUGAACAUCAGAUCAACAGAACCACAGGUUGUUGGUGUGAUUCCAGCUCCCACAGAUGAAUGUUAUCGUUGUGUCCUUGGGCAAGACACUUAACCCCCCUCACCUCCAGCGUCUGCGUACACUGGUGUAUGUGCAUGUUGCUUAGACCAUAGAUCAAGAAGUGUUCCGAGUGAGCGGGAUUUACAGUGUUUUAGUCCUGGUUUAGGGCCUGUUUUAAUGUUCAGCUCCAGUCAAAUGAAGCUUAUGGAGGCUUGUGUUAUAAAAGUCAAUUUGGAGCUGAGUUUGGAGCUGUUUUUAAAGGACAAAACAGUGAAAUAAAAAGCCCAGGAUCCUGCGGAGUGGGUUUAUACCAAGCGUUUAUAUGAAUGGACACAGGUCACAGUCUCGCCGCCGCCAUUUCGGGUCACACACGGGAAAAUAAACAAAGAAAACGUGUGUGAGGAACAUGGAGGAGAAACAAGAGACAGAAGAUGGAGCCAGGGUCAGCGGACGAGGACUAAUAUUUGCUGUGUCCGUGUUCACCUGAUGUGCGUGUCUCGGUGUCUGUGCUUUGUGGGCGUGGCUCUGGUCGCCUUGGCGAUCGUCUGCGUCGUGUCCAACCUCUUCCUGUUGUUUCCAAAUAUGGACACGCGCUUCCUGCUGGAGGGUCACGUGACCAGAGAGGCUCUGUGGAGCACGGGACUGUGGGGGUCCGGACUCACGGUGGCCUUGGGGGGGCGCUCUUUCCUCGUGUCCAGUCGCACAACAGGCUGCUGCGCCUUCAGGAGUAAGAUGCUGUCCCUGGUCCUGGUCUCUCUGGUCUGUCUCGGUGCUGCUGGGUUCUCGUGUUUGGUCUCGGUCACGGGUCUGGUCCAGGGUCCGAUGUGUCUCUACAACUCCACCUCAGGUCCGACCUGGGGGGUCCCCCUGAGGCCCACGGCCGACAGAGACCCUGGGUACCUGUGGAACCGGUCCCUGUGGUCUGGGGUCUGUCUCGAGCCUCGGUCCGUGGUCCAGUGGAACCUGGUCUGGUUCGGUCUCCAGACCGGGUCCAGUCUGAUCCAGACUCUGCUCUGCGCCGCCAACGUCCUCAACGCCCUGACCGGGGUGGUCCUGGGCCGAGGACUCCACCACAACAAGGUUGGUCCUUCUAAAGUCUGAGUUCGUCGUCGUGGAAACGGAUCCAGACUAAAGCUGCACUGACGCACUUUAAGAACCUAUUUAUGUUUUAUUUUAUUUAAACACGUUUAACCCGGAUGCCCUCCCAAGAACCUGCUCACCUCAAAACAAACAAACAAACAAACAAACAAACAAAAAUAAACAAAUAAAAACUAAUAAAACAAGAA